CUUAAAGGAGCUGCUGGCCCUUGUAUUGCAGCACGGCUGCGCUGCCCUGCUGCGGCUGUGCACACACCUCACUGCUGGACUCCUGUUCCCAGGUGCUGUGGGAGGCAUGGCAGAGGCGUCCCAGUGUCGGUGCUCACCUCUGCCAGGCUGAUGUCAGGGCUUUGGUGUUUUGGGUGCCUUUGCUUUUAAGGGACAUCGGUGCACCUUCAGUCUGCAUCUUCAGCAGCAAAAAAAGGAUCAUUUUGCAUUCUUCAGUAUUUAUGCUAUUGAGACACCUGGGCAUCGUGAGGCAGGAAGGUUUUCAUCCCUCUACCUCUCGUUUUGAGGAACUCUGUUUGCUUUCUGAGCUGUCAUGGAAAGAAAAGUAACCUGUUUUCAAGCGGGUGCAGCACAUCUUAGAGUUUUACAGAAACUAAUAGACCUUGAGUUGCAUUUCUGCUGCAGCUCAUCAAAAUUAUAGCAGGUAGGGGAGCUCUGUGGUUAUUUACUUGCAAAUCUCAUCUAGUGUGGACUUCGUUGAUGCCUUUCCUGGCAGGUCAUAUCGCCGUGCUCACAGCUUCUGUAAUGGUUCGUUACUACUGCUUGUAAAGAAUUCUCUCAGGGGGAAACAGUGAGCUGAGAUGGGCACAGGUAGGCACACGUCUGCUCGUGCACAAGUCCAUAAAGCUGCUCUCAACUUUGCAGCCAUAAGGAUUAAAUGGUAUUUUUAUUUCUGAGAUAAAGGUGAAUUCCAACAGGAAGCUGUGUGCUUACAGCUGCACAUUGCUGCUCUUUGAGGACUGCAGCAGGGGAGUUCUGGGGCGGGUUGUGAUUAGGGUCUGCUAACAGGAACCACAGGUUCUCUUCCAUGCAUAUCACGUGUGUUCUCUUCUUUCCAGAUGAUCAUGGGAACAGCAAUGGCAGUCAUGUAAAGAUCUUUUUACCGAAGAAGUUGCUCGAAUGUCUACCAAAAUGCUCAAGUUUACCCAAGGAGAGGCACCGCUGGAACACUAAUGAGGAGAUUGCAGCUUAUUUAAUAACGUUUGAAAAGCAUGAAGAAUGGCUAACAACUUCCCCUAAAACAAGACCGCAGAAUGGUUCUAUGAUCCUGUAUAAUAGGAAGAAGGUGAAGUACAGGAAAGAUGGGUAUUGCUGGAAAAAAAGGAAAGAUGGGAAAACCACCCGAGAGGAUCACAUGAAGCUGAAAGUCCAAGGAGUGGAGUGCUUGUACGGCUGUUACGUCCAUUCCUCCAUCAUCCCCACGUUUCACAGAAGGUGCUACUGGCUUCUUCAGAACCCAGACAUCGUGUUGGUGCACUACCUGAAUGUUCCUGCCAUUGAGGACUGUGGAAAACCCUGCGGCCCUAUCUUGUGCUCAAUAAAUACAGACAAGAAAGAAUGGGCAAAAUGGACAAAAGAGGAACUCAUUGGACAGCUCAAACCCAUGUUUCAUGGUAUUAAGUGGACGUGCAGCAAUGGAAACAGCAGUUCAGGGUUCUCAGUGGAGCAGCUGGUGCAGCAGAUCCUCGAUAGUCACCAGACCAAACCGCAGCCUCGGACACACAACUGUCUCUGCACUGGUACCUUGGGGGCAGGAAGCAGUGUGCAUCACAAGUGUAACAGUGCCAAACACCGCAUCAUAUCACCAAAGGUCGAACCAAGGACAGGUGGGUACAGCACUCAUUCAGAGGUACAAAAUAACGAUGUCUCUGAAGGCAAGAACGAGCACAGUCAUGGCAAGGCCUCCAGCCGGGAGAAGAGGAAUGGCAAAGUGGCAAAACCGGUGUUGCUCCAUCAAAACAGUACCGAGGUUUCUUCCACCAACCAGGUUGAAGUCCCUGACACAACCCAGAAUUCUCCUGUGUCCAUCAGCAGUGGAUUAAAUAGCGAUCCAGAUAUGGCGGAUAGCCCAGCAGUCACUGGUGUGUCCAGCAUGGCUGUAGCAUCAGUUAUGGGAAGCCUGUCACAAAGUGCCACAGUGUUUAUGUCAGAAGUCACCAGUGAGGCUGUGUACACCAUGUCACCCACCUCCGGCCCGAAUCAACACCUUCUGUCCUCAGAUGCGGCUGCACAAGGGCUGGUACUUGCUGUGAGUUCUGAUGGACACAAAUUUGCUUUUCCAACAACAGCCAGUUCAGAGAGCUUGUCCAUGCUACCCAGCACCGUCUCCGAGGAACUUGUGCUCUCCACAACUUUAGAUGGAAAUAGAAAAAUUCCAGAAACCACCAUGAAUUUUGACCCAGACUGUUUUCUUAAUAACCCCAAGCAAGGGCAGACUUAUGGUGGAGGGGGUAUGAAAGGUGACAGCAUCAGUACCAACAUAAGGCAGUCACCCACCGCAGAACGUAGCUUCAACUUCAGUACAACCCUCACGAAGGAAAUCAAAACGGAGGACACGUCUUUUGAACAACAGAUGUCCAAAGAAGCAUUUUCCUCCACUUCUGCAUCUAACACUCUCACCCUCACUACUGGUUCAGGUUUGCUUCCAUCUGGAGGGGGUCUGAGCCCAAGUACCACCUUGGAGCAGAUGGACUUCAGUGCCAUUGACUCCAACAAGGACUAUUCUUCUAGCUUCAAUCAGACCGUUCAGAGCCCUCACGUUCAUCAGACCCCUUCCCCCAGCUUCUUUCUGCAGGAUGCCAGCAAACCUCUUCCCCUUGAGCAAAACACCCACAACAACCUGAAUGACACAAGUGGCUCAUUUGUGAAUACAAUAGGAAUCCCCAGUGUGAAAACAGAGUCCCCAUCCCAAACCACUUCCAACUGCAAUGGCACGGUGGAAACCAGAAUAGAGUCCACCUCUUCUCUCCAGCUCAUGCAGUUCCAAGCAAAUUUCCAGGCUAUGACUGCAGAAGCUGAAGUUCCCAUGGAGACCUCCCAGCAGGCAGAAGGGAAUGAAAAUCUACUUAAAUCAGGGGAUCUUCAAGCCUGCAGCACAGAACACUACUUGCAACCUGAGACCAAUGGAGGUAUCAGGAAUGGGAACAAUCUCCCUAUUCUCCAAGGAAACAUGGUACAAGGACUCUAUCCUGUGGCCCAUCCCAGCUUAAAUAACUCCUCCAACAUGGAGCUUAACUUGGACCACUUUGACAUCUCCUUCAGCAACCAGUUUUCUGAUCUAAUUAAUGAUUUCAUAUCUGUGGAAGGUGGGAGCAAUGCCCUCUAUGGACACCAGUUGGUGUCAGGUGACAGUGCCGGACUCUCUCAGCCUGAAGACAGUAACAGAACAACCUACAACCAGGCUGAAAUGUGCAUUCCUUGCUGCAGUCCUCAGCAAGCCAACAUGCAGCUCAGCAGCACAGAGAAUGGAGCCAGCACGAUGGCAUACAUGCAUGUGGCUGAGGUGGUCUCGGCAGCUGCAGCACAAGGCACUUUGGGGUUGCUACAGCAGAGUGGGCGCUUGUUCAUGGUGACAGAUUAUUCACCAGAAUGGUCUUACCCUGAGGGAGGAGUGAAAGUUCUAAUCACUGGUCCAUGGCAAGAAGCCAGCAAUAAUUACAGCUGUCUGUUUGAUCAGAUCUCAGUGCCUGCAUCUUUAAUUCAGCCAGGAGUACUGCGCUGCUACUGCCCAGCUCAUGACACUGGGCUCGUGACUUUGCAAGUUGCCUUCAACAAUCAGAUCAUCUCCAAUUCUGUGGUGUUUGAAUACAAAGCCAGAGCUCUGCCAACCCUGCCUUCCUCCCAGCAUGACUGGCUGUCUUUGGAUGAUAACCAGUUCAGGAUGUCGAUACUGGAGCGCCUUGAGCAGAUGGAGAGGAGAAUGGCGGAAAUGACGGGCUCCCAGCAGCACAAGCAAGGAGUAGGAGGCGGGAGCAAUGGGAGUGGGAAUGGAGGAACACAGGUGCAGUGCGUUUCUGGGACUGGAACCUUGGGCAGCUGCUUUGAGAGCCGCGUGGUGGUGGUGUGUGAGAAGAUGAUGAGUCGUGCUUGCUGGGCAAAGUCCAAACACUUGAUCCAUUCAAAGACUUUCCGAGGAAUGACGCUGCUCCACCUAGCUGCUGCCCAGGGCUAUGCUACGCUGAUCCAGACCCUCAUCAAAUGGCGCACCAAACACGCAGACAGCAUUGAUCUGGAGCUGGAAGUUGACCCUUUGAAUGUGGAUCAUUUCUCCUGCACCCCCCUGAUGUGGGCAUGUGCCCUGGGCCACAUGGAUGCAGCUGUUGUGCUGUAUAAGUGGGACCGCCGAGCCAUCUCUAUUCCUGACUCCCUUGGGAGGCUGCCGCUGGCAAUUGCCCGCUCUCGGGGCCACGUGAAGCUGGCAGAAUGCUUGGAGCAGCUGCAGCGUGAUGAGCAAACUCAGCUUGGACAGAACCCCAGAAUUCAGUGCCCCUCGAGCACCGACUCCAGCACAGAAAGCUGGGUGUCCCAGUGGCACAGUGAGCUUAUUGCCUCUCAAGAGCCUCAGAAGGGAGUCACUGUGAUUUCCAGUACCAACACGGAGCUGAGACGACCAAGAUCAGAACCUUCCAGUUACUACAGUAGUGAGACUCAGAAAGAUUACCCUGCACCCAAAAAACAUAAACUGAGCCCUGAAUAUUUUCAAGCCCGGCAAGAGAAGCUGCUUUCCACUGCACUGAGCCUGGAACAGCCAAGUGUCAGGAAGCAGAACUCCAGCUCCAAGCAGUCCACCACUGAGACAAUCAGCCCCAGUGAAGGGAUAAGGGACUAUGGCCGGGAGCUCUCCCAGCACAUCCCAGAAGCAGCUGGAUACCGGGGCUCUGGCAGCCAAGCAGGCAUCAAAUGGAACCCAAAAGACAUUUAUAUUGGUGUGUCUGCGGUGCAGUUGGUGGGGAGCCAGAAGAGCGCUGCGCUGGGGAAGGACGCUGUGGGCCAUCGGCUUCGCCAGCGAGAGCAGAUGAAUGUGCUGAUGUUGGCUGACAGGGAGUUGGUGGAUGCAGAGCUCUUGUCCUAUAGGGACAGUGUAGGGGAUGAGGACUGCUUACGCCACAUGGAUGACUUGCAGGUGAACAUGAUGACACUUGCAGAGCACAUUAUUGAAGCUACGCCUGACAGGAUCAAGCGGGAGAAUUUUGUGCCAAUGGAGUCACCGCAGGUGGAGAGAGCAGAGAGUGCUGCCAUGAGCACCACGAUGAGCUGGCUGGCCAGUUACCUUGCUGAUGUCGAUCAUCUGCCGAGUGCUGCACAGAUAAGAAAUCUGUAUAGUGAACCCUUGACCCCUUCUUCAAACACCAGCUUGAGCCCUGCAGGCUCACCCAUCAGUGAAAUAGCUUUUGAGAAACCCAGCCUUCCUUCGGCAGCAGACUGGUCUGAAUUUCUGAGUGCAUCCACCAGCGAGAAGGUAGAAAAUGAGUUUGCACAGUUAACUCUGUCUGAUCAUGAGCAGAGAGAGCUCUAUGAAGCUGCCAAACUCGUCCAGACAGUCUUCAGGAAAUAUAAGGGUCGUCCACUCCGGGAACAGCAAGAGGUGGCUGCUGCUGUCAUUCAGCGUUGCUACCGAAAAUACAAACAGUAUGCACUUUAUAAAAAGAUGACGCAAGCUGCCAUUCUUAUCCAGAGCAAAUUCCGAAGCUAUUAUGAGCAGAAGAAAUUCCAGCAGAGCCGACGGGCCGCGAUGCUGAUCCAGCAGUACUACCGCAGCUACAAAGAAUGUGGGAAGAGGAGGCAGAACCGUCGGACGGCCACCAUUGUGCAGCAGAAACUCAGAAGCAGUCUGCUUACCAAGAAGCAGGACCAAGCUGCUCGCAAGAUUAUGCGGUUUUUACGACGCUGCCGCCACAGAGUGAAAGAAUUGAAAAAGGCCAAGGAACUUGAAGAUAAGCAGCAGCAUCCCGUAGCAAUGUGACAUUGCUUCUCAGACUGUUUUCAUUUUCUGUUUUUAGCAGAGACAUGCAACAACAACAAAAAUACCCACUGCAGUUCUGGAAAUACCAUCUGCAGGAUUUUAACAGUAAUGUUUUGGUCAUUGCAUUUGC